GCCCGUGGCAACGUGAUCGACGGCGCAGCAACCUGUCCGUUACCUAAACUCGUCACUCCGGAAACAAUGAUCCUGUUUCUCCGGAAGCUCAGGGUCCGCCCUCUCCCAGCAUCCUUUGCCUUCCGGCUGUUCUUAGUCCGGUUUGUCUAGUCUCCUUCCUUACGCGCCCAUUUCGAUCCCGAGUUUCAAACUCGAGUUUCCAAGCCCGGGAACCCGGCAAAGAAUUUCCAGGAGUUGGUUUAUGGGCCGUGGCCAUGGGAGCAGGAAUGGCGCAGCUGGAGGGUUACUACUUUUCGGCUGCCCUAAGCUGUACCUUUUUAUUGUCUUGCCUCCUCUUCUCCGCCUUCAGCCGGGCUCUGCGAGAGCCCUACAUGGAUGAGAUCUUCCACCUGCCACAGGCGCAGCGCUACUGUGAGGGCCACUUCUCCCUCUCACAGUGGGAUCCCAUGAUUACUACAUUGCCUGGCUUAUACCUGGUGUCAGUUGGAGUGGUCAAACCUGCCCGUUGGAUCUUUGGAUGGUCUGAACAUGUAGUCUGCUCCAUUGGAAUGCUCAGAUUUAUUAAUCUUCUCUUCAGUGUUGGCAACUUCUAUUUACUCUAUUUGCUUUUCCGAAGGGUACAACCCAAAAACAAGGCUGCCUCGAGUAUCCAGAGAAUUUUGUCAACAUUAACACUAGCAGUAUUUCCCACACUCUAUUUUUUUAAUUUCCUUUAUUAUACAGAAGCAGGAUCUAUGUUUUUUACUCUUUUUGCCUAUUUGAUGUGUCUUUAUGGGAAUCACAAAACUUCAGCCUUGCUUGGAUUUUGUGGCUUCAUGUUUCGUCAAACUAAUAUCAUCUGGGCUGUCUUCUGUGCAGGAAAUGUCAUUGCACAGAAGUUAACUGAAGCUUGGAAAACUGAAUUACAAAAGAAGAAAGAAGAGCGGCUUCCCUCUACCAAAGGACCCUUUUCAGAAUUUAGGAAAAUCCUUCAGUUUCUUUUGGCUUAUUCCAUGUCUUUUAAGAACUUGAGUAUGCUUGUACUUUUAACUUGGCCCUAUAUUCUUCUAGUAUUUGUGUUUUGUGCUUUUGUAGUAGUUAAUGGUGGGAUUGUUAUUGGUGAUCGGAGUAGUCAUGAAGCCUGUCUACAUUUUCCUCAGCUAUUCUACUUUUUCUCUUUUACUCUGUUUUUUUCCUUUCCUCACUUACUCUCUCUUAGCAAAAUUAAGGCUUUUCUUUGCUUGGUUUGGAAACGUAAAAUUCAGUUUUUUGUGAUUACCUUAGUCUCCUUAUUUUUAGUUUGGAAAUUCACUUAUGCUCAUAAAUACUUACUAGCAGACAAUAGACAUUAUACAUUCUAUGUGUGGAAAAGGGUUUUUCAAAAAUAUGAAAUUGUGAAAUAUUUGUUAGUUCCGGUCUAUAUAUUUGCUGGUUGGAGUAUAGCUGACUCAUUGAAAUCAAAAUCAAUUUUCUGGAAUUUAAUGUUUUUCAUAUGCUUGUUUAUGGUUACAGUUCCUCAGAAAUUGCUGGAAUUUCGUUACUUUAUUUUACCUUAUGUUAUUUAUAGGCUUAACAUACCUCUGCCACCCACAUCCAGACUUGUUUAUGAACUGGGUUGCUAUGCAGUUGUUAAUUUCCUAACUUUCUAUACCUUUCUGAACAAGACUUUUCAGUGGCCAAAUAGUCAGGACAUUCAGAGGUUUAUGUGGUAAUAUCAGGUAUAUUUUGAACUCUAAAAGCAGACUUAGUAUUUGGAUUAUUUCGAUAAUGAACAGCUGAACAGGUAGAAAUUAUGGAAUUUCUUUAAGGCACAGUGGUGAGCCUCAAAUUAGAUUUUUUACAUAUGUUUUAAGCAUUUGUAACAAAUCCAAGGAAGUUAAGUAGUAAAGAACUGGAAAAAGUUUAAGACCUGCUCAAAAAGCCUGAGUAAUAAUGGGAAAAUAAAAUUGUUUACAAUUAUAUC